AUGGUUCUUGUUAAAGCCCGAAUUGCUUUGUUCGGGCUCUGCUGUUUUUUUUGCUGCUAUCUUCCUUUGUUUCUUGCUUUGACGACUAUUUUAUGCCCUUACGACCCUAAUUCAUUUGACGACCACUUUGUUGCGAUACCAAAAAAAGACGUUGUUAAUUCGUUUCUACUACCCCCCGAGAUAAGAUACCACCACCAUCACCUCCAGUUUGAACCCCCGACUCUACCACUCUACAAAGGAAAAUACAUUGCCAUCAUGCCUCACAACCGAGAUGCCUCCCGUGACUCCCGUGACCGGGAUAUGAUCGUGCGAAGCCAGACAGUACCAAUGUGGGAUAGCUCGGAUCCUGAACGGGCGCCUCCGCCGCUUCCAAUCAAUCCGGGAACCUCGAGUCCCACGACGAAGUCCAAUGUUUCGCCCAAGGUCCAAGCUGUUGCGGCGAACUUUGCAGAGAAGUGCCGGGAUAACGUGGCUGCACCUUACACUACCAACCCAAUGCCACCAAAGCCUUUGUCGCCGGAGAAGUCAUUGAUCAAGGGCAACUACCAUAAACGCAUGCAGUCGAUGCAGAACACAGACACCAAAUCCGAGUUUCUCAACUACCUCGAAAGUAAAUCGCCCGAGAAGUCGCUGCGCGCAUCAGUGCUGGAUGCGAGCCCGAAAUCUCCGAAAUCACCGAAAUCACCAGAAAAGUUUAAUAAGAAGCUGGAGAUUGCACCCGCGGACAACCAGGAAGGGGAGCGUGAUCCUCCCCCCCCUUUCGGAAUCAACAGCCGCUAUCUCUCCAAGCCUAUUCUCAACGAGCCUACUCCACCGUCGGCUACUAUGUUGGCCCUUCAGAACAUGCAGCUCCCCACUGAGAGUGAGACAUCGACCUCAUCUCGAAGCAAAGAGAGUAGCCCCACCCCGUUCAUGGGAUCUCAGACUACUGGACCGCAAAAUGAUCCUCACAACCCCGGUCUCGAGUCCCUGUCAACGCAGAUCUACAGCCUCACGGACAUUGCCAGUAAUCUGCAGCGUGAGAUGGCCCAGCUGAGCCGUCGAAGCAAGGACAACGCUACAGACUUGAUCAGCCUGAAAGCUGCAACCAAUGCCAGGGACGAAGACAUUCGAAAGAGCCUCCGCGAAUUGUCGUCGAAUCUAACCACCAAGUUUCUGGAUGCAGAGACCACCGGGAAAUGGGAUUACACUUCCGUCUUUGGUUCUGAUCCCGGUAUUAGCCACAGGGACCGCGCCAGAUCUCCGCAUGCAAGGAAGAGUCAUUCUAUACCUCGGAUGCCUAGCCCUGGCCCGUUUGCCGCUGCUAUGGAACGCGAUCUUUGCGGAUCUCCAGGUCCUAUUUCGGAUGGAUCGGCCAGUAUCGCACUGUUGGAAAAAGUUCUGCGUGAAAUGGCAACCAGAGAGGGCCAGGAAAAUCUUUUGGAUGCUGUUGAUGAGAUUAAGUCGCGACCGAUGCCCGACGGUCAUGGCAACAACGCCGAUCGAGCUAUGACCGAUAUGCUCGAGGAGAUCCUACAGAUCGUCAAAAGCAACUCGGGAAGUCAAGCCCUGGUACGAUCGAAAGCGUCGGCCAAUCCAUUCGAAGGAAGCUCCAACAGUGACCGGCCGCGGGCACGGUCCUUGGACCCAGAACAGGUUCUGGCGCCAGAUAUGGAGAUCCUCCACAGCGACAAUGGUUCCGUGGUGGAGCCACAAUACGAGCGUGACCCUACACAGGAGAUGUUGCACAUUCUCAAACGAGUCAAGACUAGCGUCAUCGAAGGGGGUGGCCUGACCAACGAGGUCAAAGCCCUUGUCCGAGAGUUGCGUGGCGAGGUUCUAGGCAUGGGAAGGAACAUCGCAGAGAAGCUCGAGGAGGAUGAGCGCGCUCGAUCCGUUGAAGGGGGAAAAACCCAGCCGCUCACGAAGGAGGAGGUAGCAGCCGUCGUUGAUGCUAGUCUCGCAGAUCUUAAGGAGCUCUUGGCGUCGGUUGUUAAUGAAAGCCGACAGAGCUCAUCCGCCUUUGCUGAGCUGCGCUCAUCGAUGAAUGGUGAUGAGAUCUACUCCAUCGUUAAGCAAGCCUUGGACGAACAGUCGUCGACAGGGCCGCAUGGCGAUGAUGUGCGGAAAGAGGAGAUCCUCGAGACAAUUCGCGAGGGCUGGGAGACAUACAAGCCCGAAAUCGAACUGCAAAACUUUGGUCUAGAACGUGACGAGAUCCUCGAAUGCCUUUCGGAAGGUCUGAAGUCAUACCAGCCGCAACAUGAAAACGCCGUCACAUACGACCAAGUACUCGCCGCUGUUCAGGCCGGGAUGCAGAGUUUCGAGCAACCCCCAUCGAUUACGAAGGACGAGAUUAUUCAGACAAUUCGCGAAACCUUGUCAGGACCCGAAGUUGCUGCUUCCCAGUCCCUGGCCGACGAGCAAGUCACUCGGAUGAAGGAUGAGAUACUGCGGGCAGUUACCGAGUCCGUCAUCUCGCAGAAUACGUUGACCAGGGACACUCUGAACUCUGGCAUUGGUCGCGAUGAGGUCUUGAGAGCGGUCUCUGACGGAAUCGAAGCGCACUUUUCCCCGUCAAAACGUUUGGAGCAACCGCAGGUGACCAAGGAGGAUGUUACCAAUGCUGUUAACGAAGCAUUCUCAGCUCAGCAUAGCGCUCUUAGCACCCAAGCCCAGUCCUCACCCGUGACUCGAGAUGAAGUCCUCACUGCCAUUGCCCAGGGAUUCGAGAACCACAAUCCAAUUGCCCCGGAGAUUGAGCUCAACAAGGAUGAUCUCAUGGAUGCCAUUUCAGCUGCCCUAAACGAGGCGACCGCAUCGUCCAAUAACAACAUUGGAGACAAGGUGCUGGAGCGCUUCCAUGAAGUUCUUGGAAGCAUGAAGGACGAGUUCAGGCAAUACUCUGAUACCAACGGGAAUGACAACAAGAACGUUCUCAACGCUGUCAAGGACGGCGUCGAUGUCAUUCGGAAAGAAAUUGAAGGCUAUGCUGCGAAUACUGGCCAGUCUUCUGGCAAGACCGAGAUUCUGGAGACUGUCAAGGAGGGAUUCAAACUUCUGCAAGCGGAUAUGGAGAAGGUAGUCGCUGACGCGUCUUUCGCCAAUGCGCCCCGUGGUAACCCAGACACCCCGGAGCUUCUGGAUGCCAUGGAGAAGGAGUUUGAACAUCUUCGCCAGUCCAUCACGUCCAUGCUUAUGCGCAGCGACUUGUCGAGCGACAAGGAAGAGAUUCUCGACGCAAUCAAUGAUGUCACGCAAUUCCAGAAGAACCAGCCCAAGAAAGAGGAUCUCGAGAAGGCCAUCAAGGAGCAGUUUGAGAACCAGCCGGCGCACGAUGAGGUGGUUAAGAUCAUUAAGGAGGAAUUCGAGAAGAUCUCCAGCUCGAUGAACACGACUUUUGCUGCUUGCUCUGAGCCCACAACCAACAAAGAAGACAUCAUCGCUGCUCUUCGCCAAAGCUUGGAAUCCUUCCAGGACGAGGCCACUCGAUCAAAGAGCGGUGGUGAGGCGCUGCUUCUCAACGCAUUCAAUGAUGGCGUCGGUGCGAUUAAAUCGGAUCUUGCGAAGGUCCUUGACAAGCCGGCCGCAUCCGAUGCGACUGAGCUUCUGGAGUCGCUCAAGGAGGGUCUCGCUGGCUUGAAGGCCGAAGUCGAAGCGAUCCGGAAGUCCCAGCUCGAUGCCGACGAAGCCACCGCGAAUGAGGGCAAGGAGCUUACGCUUGCGAAAGAAGUCAACAGGAGCGACAAUGUCAUGGACGGCCUCAGAGUUAUGGUCGGCCAACUUCAAGCCAAGGUUGAAUCCAUUGAGGCUCCUCCAGCCCCCGAACCCGCUGAGGAUGCGUUGAAGAAGGAUCACUUGGAUGAAGUGGUCGAAGGUCUCAAAGAGCUCAGAGAGUCGGUGGCUGGCAUCCAGGCUCGCGAGACUCCUGCUGCUGACGAGGCGGUCGCCAAGAAACGGGACACCGAUGCGAUUGAGGAGUUGCUUCGCAGCACAAAGGCUCAACUCGAUGAAUUGAAAUUCCCUGUACCCGACGAAAUUGCCAAGUCAGAGCAGGUCAGCGCCCUUGAAAACGUUGUCAAGCAAGCCAACGACGCCAUUAGCGAGCUCUCGAACCGACUCGAAUCUGAAGGUCCUACCAAGACUGAGAUCGGUACCUUGGAGUCUCUGUUGAAGGACAUAUGGAUUGCCUUCGAUGAAUUCAAGAGCAAAAGCGAAUCGAAGGAAGAGGACUCGGAGAAGGUGGUCAAGUCGGACCUGCAGACCGUGGAGGCCAUGGUUUUCGAAGUCAAGACGCAGAUCGAAGAGCUCAAGCUUCCUGACGUGGAGACCCUGCCCACGAAGACCGAUAUCGAAGGACUCUCCACCCUCGUCACUCAGCUCCGCGAGAAGACUGAGGCGGACAAUGAGCUGGCUGCUAAGCGGUUCGAUACACGGAAGAGCGAACACGAUGGCAUCGUUGAGAAGGUCGAUGCAGCCAAGGCAGUUGUCGAGAAACUCGGCGACGAACUCAAGAGCAAGCUGGAUGGUAGCGGCGAGGGUCUUUCUGAGCUCAAGCAAGUUCUCGGCGGCCUGGCUUCAUCGGCUCAAUACUACACUACUGUGGAGAACAUCAAAGAACUGUCGGACCUCAUCACCAAAGAAUUCGAACAGGUUCGCGGUGACCAGGAAACUGGCAAGUCUGAACGGGAAGAGAAAGAUGCCGCGGCAAUGGUCAAGCAUGAUGAACACCGGGCCGCCAUCAUUGCUGAGCUCGGCACCAAGAUCGACGAGAAAAUUGCUGAAGUUGUGGCCAAGUACGAUGAAGCUCAGAAUGCCGCGGAUGCCAAGUUUUACGCGACGGAAGAGCGAGACAAUACUAGCCUCGAAGCUAUUACCAGCACUAAGGCUCUGGCGGAAGACAUCAAGCUUGUGAUCGGCGCCAUGGACAAUAGCCUUAAUGAGAGCUACGAGCGCAUCAACACUGAUACGAAGGCGUUCUUUGAGAAGAUCGACGAGUCGUACAACCAGGUCAAGGCGAGCCAGGAACAAGCCCGGGCAGACGCUGAGAAGACUGCGGCCACUACUGACCGUCUGGAGACUGAAUUGCACCAGUUUCAUCCCCAAGUUCUGGAGGGCGUCCAGGAAGUCCUUACGAUUAUUGGCCAGCACUACAGCCACUCCCAGAGGUCUACGCAGGAUAUCAAGACGGAUAUAUCAUCACUGCCUUCGUCUAUUGUUCGUCUUCUGCCGCCGCCCCCCGAGGUAUACGACGAUACGAAGGCCCAGGAGAAGCUGGACAGUCUCCUCGCACAUGCACGGGAUACUCACGUUCAGGAUGCGCUCAAAGUUAUUGUCGAGCGUGUGACGAGUGAGCAGGUUCACCAGAAACUCGACCAGCUUAUGAGCCACUCUACAAGUACCAACAGCCAGGUUUACGAUAAACUUGAGGAGUUACUUGGCCAUGCUAUCAACUCCAAUGGGCCGGUUCACGACAAGUUAGAUACGCUUAUUGGCCACGCUACAAAUACGGACCAGUCUGUCACACAGAUGAUGAAGCUGGAUGAGAUCCACAAGGACAUGAUGGACUCGUCCCGUCGCAUGCAGGAGAUGCUUGUCGCUCAGUCCGCUAUGAUGGCCGAAGAUAAUGAUCGGAAGCGCAAAGAAGCGGAAGAGGCCGCUGUGGCGUUGGAGCGCAGGAACGCAGAGAAGGAGCAGGUCGAAGCAGAGAUAGAGAACUUCCGAGAUGAAAAGGAGUCCCUGCUCAAGAUCAUCUCUAGUCUGAAGUCGGAGAAGGAGGACCUUUCCAAGCAGAAUGCGAAGAUGAGCAAGGAACUGUCCGGUCUCGAGAUGGCGCUCGAGCUCCGUAACGAAGAGAUGCAGGUUAUGGAGGAGCGAGCCGAGAGUCUCGAGAAGCGGAUCCUGGAAGGUGUUCUUGACCACGCUCGCAGCGUCCUUGUCAGGGGUCCCAAGCGAACGAAUUCCAAGCGCGCGCGUGGUACCCGGGCUCGUGGUCCUAGUGCCUCCAACGGGAGCAAGGAUGGCCGUGGCAACAAUGUUGCCGUGGCCUUGAAGAAGCGACCUUCGCAAAAGGAAUCCAACAAAGAGCGAAGGAUCUUCAGUCUCAGCCAUGUCACCGGCAACCGUGGAGCUGGAGGAGAUCGACAGGUUAGCAGUGGCAGUGGAAUCGCGAGUCUGAAGCGAAGCCACUCGGUCAAAUCGAACAUGUCCCAACGCAUGUCGUCCUGGUCCAUUGCCAACAAGGAGAACGAUGCAUUCCCCGAGGGUGAUGAGAGUGACACUGGCACGGAGCAGAGGACCAACUACCUUCGCAACGGAUCGGAUGUCGAAGGUGAAGAUGACGAUGUGCAGACGACCAAGGGCAACGAGACAGAUGACCAGCUUGAUCACUUGGACGAAGAGGCGAAGCGACUGGUGCUGUACAAGAAACAUCAAGCGACUGACAGUGGUGUCGGGACGGAGAUCUCGAGUGGAGCAGAAUGA